CCAAAUCUCACCUCAUCACAGAUUCUCUGAACUUCAUCGUUUGCCUCCUGCACCUCCGAGGUCCCUCCGCACAAAGGCCCGCUCAUUAUUGUGAUAUAUUAUUUAACAGAAAAAAUGACCAUGAUGGGAGCUCACAGCAUUGCACGUAUAGCAGUCAUAGUGCUGGCCAUUGUCGUCUAUAUAAUUGUCAUUACAUUCAACGCACUUGCAGCACAAGGAACUGGUCCUUUUCUGAGUAAGACUGCAAACAUCUCUGAUAAAUACGUCACUCAGAUCACUCCAUCAGGAUGGACCUUCUCUAUCUGGGGUGUGAUCUAUUUCUGGCUGACUCUUAUGUUGAUCUACAUUGUGACAACUGUAUUCAGAAGGAAUGCGUACGGUCCGAUGUACUGCAGCCCGUCUGUGCUGCCUUAUGGCUUCUUCAUCUCCUGGAUUGUGAACAUGCUGAUUAACAUUGGCUGGCUCCUACUGUGGGACAGACAGGUGAUGAUUGCAGCACUGAUCAUGCUGGCCUUGAUUGCCUUCACAAACUACUUGGCGAUAUUCUUCUCCUGUUACGGACUCAAAGAGUACGGAGCCUGGCUAAACAAGUAUCACACAAAAGAUCUCUGGUGCAUUCAUAUACUGGUUCAGAAUGGACUGGCUGUGUAUGCAACAUGGACCUCCAUUGCUACUCUGAUCAACUUAACCAUUGUAGUGAGUUACGAGGCUGGAAUGAGCCAGUCAGACGCAGCAACACUGUCACUGUCGUUGCUUUUGGUGGAGGUGGCUGUUUGGUUUAUUCUGGAAAACUUUGUGAUUGACAAACAUGUGCGUUACAUCCUGACCAUCUACCCUGUGAUCAUUGUGGCCUUAUCUGGAAACAUGACGAAAAACUUUGACCCUUCAGCUCCCAGCCGCAACGCCAUAUUCAUUGCUGUCCUGCUGGCACUGACCUGUGUGCUGUUAGUAUUGCGGGUGUGUCUGGUGGUCUGGAGGCACCUGAGACAGCCCUUCUACAGCGGCAGCCACACGGAGGAAAUUGUGUCACCUAUGGAAGCAGCUGAAAGACAGAAAAAGUUCUUCAUGUGAAAAUGCCCUGGACAUGUGCUGAGCUACUCAGUCUCCUGAGAGAUACUGUAAUGUAAUAUAAUAUAACUUGUAUUAAGUAAUCUGUUUAUGUAUCCAUCUUUCUGCUUGACUAUCUUUUAUUGAUUUGAUAUAUUUUGAUAUAAUUUAUGUAUGGUGGUACUUGAAGAAAUUUUCACAAUACAUGAUAUGUAUCACAACAUUUCUUUUUGUGAUGAAGCAUUUGGUCGGUUAGUGUUCUUUAAGUACUGACGAUAUCCAUCAUAUGUUCAGAAAAGUGUAUUAUGGCGUAAUGUGUCACGAUAACAAUAAAAUAUCAUCAUACCCCCCCCCUACAUAUAGAGGGUACUCUAUAUGUAGAUCUAGCAUCUCUUAGCAAAGUAUCUUUCAUUAACACUAUUUAUUUUUUGAAUGACAAGAGGCUCCAUAGCUUAAAGGAAUGGUUUCA